AUGAUGAUGGAACCAAUCCUUGAAGCGCCGACUCUGCGUCGCUGUGCAUCCGACGGUCUGAUCCUUCGGACCAAGGCGGCGAUCCAGCCAAUGCCUCCUGCUCGCCGUCGCAAGAGCGAGUCCGAUGCUCUGCCAGCCCGCAAGCGAAGAAGAGUCCGCAUUCAAUUAGAGCCACUUCAGGUAGUUGAAGGGCAAGGACAACUCCCCAACAAACAAAUCUGCUGGUACUCCAAGGAAGACCUUGUCACUUCCCGUCGGACUGCCCGCAAACUUUCUCGCCAGGUCAACCCUGAUCAGGUUUUGAUGGAAACCUUUGACAAGGCAUGGACGCCAGCUGCAGCUGAACAUGACAACAUGAAUGAAAACAGCUCGCAACAGAAUGACAGCAGCAGUGACAUUACCAGUGCCGCUGUCAAGGUACUCAAGCACUCCAGUGCGUUCUGGAAACAGCGCGGUCUGGAGCGCUUGUCGAAGGGGCAUUCCAUCUCUCGUAGCAUUCAAGUCUGCUCAGUGAAGUCGGCUGUCCUCUUGGAGCAAUCUUGUCAAUAUCUGGAGGGCGUCAAAGAUCCAGAGCGUCUGGCACUAGCCAGCCUCAAGACUUCCAGGCCUUCGCAGCAAUUUGCACACAUGCUGGCCAUGGCAGACGCCGCCAUGGCCGAACGCAUUCAUCAGGAACGAACAACCGCCGCACCAACCGCGUGA